AUGUCCGCAAUCCAAAAGAACGUCGAGGUCGCCUCGGAAACGUAUUCGUCGAGUUUCGACAAGGGGCAUUUGGCCCUCCCGCCAGCAAAGAAGUAUCUCGUUCUUACGUGCAUGGAUGCCAGAAUCGAUCCGGCGCGAGCUUUUGGUAUCGAGUUGGGCGACGCGCACGUCAUUCGUAACGCCGGCGCUUCAGCCGUGGAUGCAAUUCGCAGCAUAGUCAUCUCACAACAGCUCCUUGGCACUCAAGAGAUCGUCCUCGUCAAGCACACCGGCUGCGGCAUGCUGACGUUCAAGAACGAGGACGCGUUUGGCCUUGUUGAGAAGAACCUCGGCGCCGAGGCUUCCUCCGAGGCGGCGAGCCGCAUUCCCGACUUCCUCCCCUUCACGGAGCUGGAUGCGGCUGUCAAGAAGGACAUUGAUUUUAUCAAGGCGUCCAAGUUGGUGCCGGAUAGUGUUACGCUUAGCGGCUGGGUCUACGAGGUUGAGACAGGAAAGACGAGGCGCGUUGUUUGA